GAAUCUUUCGUUCGUUGUCGUUCUUCAUGGCGGCCAAUGUGCGGAAAGGAGUGGCCGAGGGGAGAUCGGACUGUGUGCCCAUAUUCCUUAGCGAAAUUCCCAAACUCUUCCACAGAAAGAUUGUCCAGCCGGAUGUGGCUAUGAUUCAGGUUUCUCCACCUGAUGCGCAGGGCUACUGUUCGCUGGAACAAGUGUCGAUUGUGUACGGGCCGCACUAACGUACAGCAAAACUAUCAUUGCGCAAAUCAACCGCAACAUGCCGCGGACGUUCGGCGACGCAGUGAUUCACAAGUCGCACUUUGACUUUGCCUGCGAACUGGAUCGGCCUCUCCCCGACCACCCCUCCCCGGCCCUCACCGACGACAUGCGUCGACUCGGCAAGCACAUCGCUGAGAACCUGGUCGACGAUGGAGCCACCCUGCAAAUGGGUAUCGGCGCCAUCCCAGAUGCAGUGCUGGAGCUCCUUGGCGGGCACAAGGACCUCGGCAUCCACUCGGAGAUGUUCGCCAACGGUGUCGUCGAGUUGGUGGAGCGAGGGGUCAUCACCAAUGCCAAGAAGGCGGUCGGCAAGGGUCGCAUUGUCACCAGCUUCCUCAUCGGCAACAAGCGGCUCUACGACUUUGUCAACGAUAAUCCUUUUGUCGAAAUGCGUGAAGUGGACUACACGAAUAGUACAUUUGUGAUUGCGCAGAUGCCAAAGAUGACAGCCAUCAACUCUUGUAUUGAGGUCGAUCUCACUGGUCAGGUGGUGUCGGACUCCAUCGGGCCCAGGAUGUUCUCAGGUUUCGGAGGUCAAGUGGACUUUAUCCGUGGCGCGUCGGAGGCACUGGACGGAAAGGGCAAGCCCAUCAUUGCAAUGACAUCAACCAAUCCCAAGACAGGCGACAGCAAAAUUGUUCCUUUCAUCAAGGAAGGCGCAGGCGUGGUGACGUCACGCGCGCAUGUUCACUACGUUGUGACCGAGCAGGGAAUCGCGUCGCUGUUCGGAAAGAGCUUACGUCAGCGCGCCUAUCACCUGAUUGAGAUUGCGCACCCCACACACCGCGAGGCGCUCGAGAAGGCCGCCUUCAAACGGCUCAAGUGCAUGCCGGCGCCCUAAACUUGCCCAAUGUGCACUAUUCAACUCAAGUGCAUGCCGGCGCCCUGAACUUUCCCAAUGUGCACUAUCUAACUUUCAACCCAAGUGCAUGCUGGCGCCCUGAACUUGCCCAAUGUGCACUAUUUAACUUUGAAGUUUUGUAUCAAAUUAUGGUGAUGUGUAUCAAGUUCAGAUGAUACUGUAUCAUGUGUGGUGAUACUGUAUCAAUGUGCACUAAAAAAACUUUGAAGUUUCGUAUCAAAUUAUGGUAUACUGUAUCAAUGUGCACUAAAAACACUUUGAAGUUUUCGUAUCAAAUUAUGGUGUUUUGUAUCAAGUUGAGAUGAUACUGUAUCAUUUAUGGUGAUACCAUAUUAUGUGUACUACAUUUUAACUUUGAAGUUUUGUAUUCAAAUUAUGGUGUUGUGUAUCAAGAUGAUAUGAUACUGUAUCAUAUUGUGUUGAUACUGUAUCAUGUUGUGGUGAUACUGUAUCAAUGUCCACUAUUUAAUAAAAUAAUGUUUUUAAAAACGAUAUUCAAUAAACGAACUCUGGGUACAGUGUCACAGAGAAAAGAUAGCAUAAAAAGAUAUUCCAUGGUUUGUAGAAUUAAUCAGUUUGGAAGUUUUGUAUUGAGUUGAGAUGAUACUGUAUCAUAUUUUAAUGAUACUGUAUCAUUUGUAGUGAUACUGUAUCAUUUAUGGUGAUACCAUAUCUGCACUAUUUAACUUUGAAGUUUUGUAUUCAAAUUAUGGUGUUGUGUAUCAAGUUGAAAUGAUACUGUAUCAUAUUGUGUUGUUACUGUAUCAUGUUUGGUGAUACUGUAUCAAUGUGCACUAUUUAAUAAACGGACUCGGGGUACAAUUUCAUAGAUAAAAGAUAUGCAUAGAAUGAGGAGAUAUGCCAUGGUAUAGGGCGUUAAUGUUUUAAAUUUGUUGCCAGUAUAAUUCUGAAUAUCCCAUGAUGUCGGGCAUUAAUUUUUCAAAUUUGCUGACAAUGUAUUAUUCUAAAUAUAUCAUUGUAUAGGCGUUGUUGAUGUUUCAAAUUUGUUGCCAUUAUAAUAUUCUGAAUAUUCCAAGAUGUAGGGCGUUAAUAUUUUUCAAAUUUGUUGCCAGUAUGAUUCUGAAUAUCCCAUUGAAUAGGACGUUGAAGUUUCAAAUUUGCUGCCAGUAUAAUUCAGAAACGUUUAUUUAUUAAUUACUAUAUUUUUCAUUGGCAGAAUAAAGUUUCAUUCUCGUUUUGUUGUCAGAGCAAUUCUGAAAUGUUUGUUGUAUUAAUUGUUGUUUUUCCAAAGUCAGAAUGAAGUUUCAUUUUCAUUUCACUGUUAACUCAAGCCGAUAGCCCCAGUAGUUCUUUUUUGACGCUGGUAGUCUCUCAGACUGUGCCGCUCUUACACUCUCACCCGGCCAAAACAGUAAUAAUAGACAGUAGUCGACAGUAAUCGACCUGAGUUGACACGUGAAGCUAUGGACGCUGUUAGUCUCUCAGACUGUGCCGUUCUUACACUCUCACCCCAACAAAACAGUUAUUAUAAACAGUAGUCGACAGUAAUCGGCUUGAGUUAACAUUGGCUUGAAAUUUAGAACAUGAACGACAUAUACCAUGGGAUAUCUUCUCAUGCUAUUUUUUCUCAAAGCAAUGUAAAUUUCCAAUGUUUCAAGGAAUGAGUUAAACUUGAAAAGCAUACACGUAAACGAUCUAUAAACCAUGGGAUAUUUUCUUAUGCUAUCUUGUCUCUAUGACUGUGUGAAGUGUACGCAAAGGCUCAACUCACACUCACGUGACUCAGAUCGAGAAGAGACUCGACUCUAGUGGAGAGCAUGUGUUUCCAAAUGGUGACGUCGCGGAGACUAGAAUCGACUGGUCUGAGUGUCACCAUUUGAAAACACAUGCUCUCCACUAGAGUCGAGUCUCUUAUCGACCUGAGUCGCGUAAGUGUGAGUUGAGCCAAAGAUGCUCGACCGACUCAACGCUAACAAGAAACUUUGUAAAUAGAUUCUAUUUUAUUUAAAAAUAAAAAUGAAAACAUCUGUCUCUUUUGACCGAUUUAACGCUGACAAGAAACUUUGUAAAUCGUAGAUCGAGCUCAAUGAUCUAAAUUCAUUGUGCAUUGCGUUAUUUAUUGACGAAUGUCAAUGUUUUUAUCGUCAAUCUGGUGAAAAUUAACCCUGAAAUGAACUGAACUAACUGUUUUUAAACGUUGAAACCUAAUUAAUGUUAGUGUUUUUUUUUUUAGAAAGGUCAAGGUUUUUAUCGUCAAUCUAGUGAAAAUUAUCCGUGAAAUGAAAUGAACUGAUUGUUUUGAACGUUAAAACCUAAUUAAUUUGAGAGUGAUUUAUUGAGAACAGUCAAGGUUUUCUGUAAUUCUAGUGGAAAUUAUCCGUGAAAUGAAAGGAACUGAUUAUUUUAAACGUUAAAACCCAAGUGAUGGAAAGAUGGGAGGUGAUACUGUUUUUGUCAUUGGAUUCAAUUGUGAAAAUGUGUUUGGAAGAAAUAAUUGAAAAUGUUUUUGUUAUGAGAAGUGUUGUUUGAUUGAAAUUUGAAAUCACGGUGGUAGGAGAUGACUAAAUUCUUAGUCCUUGUGACGUUUUUCCACAUUUAAUCAUCAGAUUAUAUUUUACAGUAAAAUUUCAAUAGCUUCCCCAAUAAGAGCUGUUGACACAGUCAAAGUUCAAACUGAAUUUAAUCAGUUGUUGGCUUAAACUCGAAAUGAAUCACAUGACAACGAACAAGAUUCGAUAUGGAUUUAAUCCAGUUUUAAAUCAAAUUUAGUUUAAACUGUUGCUGUGUAAACCGCACUAAAGCUGCGUUUACACCAAAAUUAAUAACUUAAUCCUUAUAUAGAUUCUAUUUGAUUGAACGUAUCUUAUUAUAUACAUGAUGAACAUUUAUGUGUUUGUCAAGUUCUGUUCAAUCUAAUAGAAUCUAUAAGGAUCAAGUUAUUAACAUUUUGUUAAUAACUUUGGUGUAAACCCAGCUUAAGAGUUUGAAGCCUCGGUUGUUGGAUAUGACGUCAUUUAUUGUAAGAUGUAACCCGUGCUUUGCAAAGGACUAAUUAAAAGCUUCACUUUGAAUUGUAAUCAUCGGUUGAAUAGGAUUUGAUUAGUGAUUGGAUGUAAUUAUUGGUGUUUAUUUUAUAGGUGCGUACAGACUUAUGCGCCACGAACACGUGCAUUUCGCUUUUCAACAGCUCAGGUUACGCUUAUUACAUAUAUUAUUAUUGCAAAUAUCUUUAUUUUAUUGUUUAUGUACAAAUACAGAAGAUAUAAUGAGCAUAGGAUCAGCUGAUAGAAAGUGAAAUGCGCGCGCGUGUCCGUGUGACGCUCAAGUCUGUACGCAGCUUUAUAGAUAACGCUGAUAUAGUUUGAAGUGAAACUCACUAUAAAUUCUUGGCUUAUUUCAUGACCUUACCGUCUUCUUGAGGUUGAGUGGUAGAGAGGACUUGAAAGUCCUAACUCCGCCUAAUAAAGAUUUUUUCAUUUCAUUUCAUUUUUUCUUCCACAUGAAUAAAUAUAUACCGUGCUUAAACAUUCUCAAUUAUGGUAUAGUUUCCAAACUAAAAAUGUACUUUCUACAUUAGUAUUCAAAAGUUUUGGAGAGAUUGAAGGCAAAUUCAUUGGGUAUAAUUAAAUAAUUAUAAUUUUCUAUUAUAGCGUUCUGUUUUCCAGAGGUACUCAAUAGUUUCUUUUUAUAAAUUAUUCAACUAGUACUCAUUAGUUUUAUUUAAAUAUAUUACUUUUUCGAUUUAUUAAGUCACUUUCAAGAGUGUUUGAUCAUUAACAAGUGUCAAAAUAAAAUUUAAAUGAGAUGCAAAUGAUUUGAUGAGUCAAAACAUGGUUCCAGUUAAAUACAAAUUGUUCUAGUUUAUAAAGAAAUGAUUCAUAAAAAUGCGUAAUUUUUAAUGAAGUAUUUCAAUUAUGAUUAUUAUAAUUAUUUUGUUAAUUAAUAAAAAAUAAUUCAUUUGUACACUUUUUAUUUAUAUGAAUAGUUUUUAAAACACAAGGGUAGUCCUAUCUACUAUGGAAUUGUUUUUUAUUGAAUUAAUAAUUCAUUAAUAAGUUGGUUGUGUUCAUACAAAAACUGCUCCAAUCCAAAUAGUUCUAACUGUCCUAUAUGCAAGAAGUGAUCUUUUUAUCCAAAGUAGCUACAUCCAAAAAUGUAUUAUAUUUUAGGCCUACUAUUGAAGUAGGAAUUUUUUAUUAGUGACUGACUUAUACUAGUAUCCUAACAAAUCCCAAAUGUAUAAACCUCUUGUACUUUAAAUGUUUAUUAAAAAGAAACGCUCCUUUAU